AUGCUUCACGGUAUGCACAUCAGAUUCAAUGCAUGUAAACGAUCAUCAUUUAUAACAAUACCAUUGGGUACUGGUGGUGGAUUGGAUGAGAGUAACCUGUCAGCAUUCCUAUUCACAAAGAGAGGCUCAAGUGUAUUUAUUGCAUUCGAUGCCGGUACAUUGUGGACUGGUGCACAGUCAUUCCUCAGAGACACAAACUAUGCAACAUACUUCAAUAUCACAUUCCCACCAUGGGCCACCCAGAUCGAUCAACAAGUGGCCUGGUUCAUCAGGAAUCACGUAUUGGGCUAUGUCAUUGGACAUCCACAUAUGGAUCAUAUUCAAGGCAUGGUACAAGCCAGUCCGGAGGACUACCUCCCCUCCAAUGCCUUGGACAUGAAGAUUGACAAUGGACUGAUCGGUCUCCUCAAAGAUCUUCUCAAUCCCAUUCUUGGCACAUCAAUCCUCACCAAAAAGGCCAUCGUCGGUCUCCCAUUCACAAUCAACUCUAUCCAAAAUCACAUCUUUAACAAUGUUCUUUGGCCAAACCUUCCAGGAUUUGGUAGAUACGACUACUUCACAAUGAUUGAGGGUAGAGGUUAUAACUUGACGGAUGUUAUAUUCCUAAACGAUACACAGAGACAAUCAUUGGUCAAUACAUUCCCAAAUAAUGCACAGUUGACUGCCUACUCAACAUGUCAUAACGAUAUUCAAUCAACUGCAUUCAUAUAUAACGAUCAGAUCACAGCGGAGCAAGUCGUCUUCUUCUCUGACACUGGUAUACCAAGUGGAAACUACAAUUGUGAUUAUCAACAAAAGAUUUAUAAUGUCUGGAAGAAUGUACGAAUCGACAAGUUAAAGGCAAUAUUCUUGGAAUGCUCUUAUCCUAAUAAUCAAUCUGAGAGCCAGUUGUUUGGUCAUUUGAGACCAAAGGAUAUUAUGCCUUUGUUGGUAUCUUUGCUGGACCUCGGUGUCCAGCCCACGCCAAGGAUGAAGAGUCUCAGCCAUGUGAAGCUGAUCGUCCAGCAUAUCAAGCCACUGGUGAACCAGACGCCAUCCGCCAACAAGCGACUCAACAUACGCCAGAUCAUCUACAAGGAGCUGACCGACUACAAUCCAGUUGGCAUUCAAGUCAACAUCCCGACGCAGGGCGAACCAAUAUGUAUAUAG